AUGCCGCAACCACCCCCGCUUUUUCCGAAACUCCAUGUUUCAACCAACGUUUCGGAGCCUCCCUCCGCUACCAGUACGAUGGCAGCAUUUUCAAGGUUCGGCUCAUCUCAGCAUCUUGUUGAAGGCGGGACACAGUAUCAAAUAUUUAGGGCCAAACGGAAACACGUUCUCAAGGCUUGCGACCGCUGCAGGUGCGACGGAAACCAACCGUGUUACCGCUGUGCGACGUACAACCAUCCAUGCCUCUUUCGUGAGCGAAAGGCGACACAAACAAAGGCAUAUUCAAGAGGCUUUGUCGAAAUGCUCGAGUCGCAUCACGAAUUGGUAGUGAAGGCACUGCAACAGCUGUACACCCACUGCGUAAACAAUGAGUGUUUUCCGGGGGACCCGAUCGAUCUUGUGGAUGGCAAUCCAUGCACCCAUGCAAUUCUGGAUCGACUAGGAUUGAUCAAACAAGCUGAAGAAGCCCGGGAGAAGGUAGAGGAGGAGAGUUCAUCUCCGACGUUGUGCUGGAAAAGUCUCCCGAAAUCGUCUGGCUCUGCUGUAACGGAUGCGUUGUCCCCAGAGCCCGUUAGUUCCCUUGAAUUAUCUCCCUCAAGUAAGAGCGUUUCUAUAUCUCCACCUGAACUCGAAUGCGCGAAAAGUGAUCCGUCGACACGUGGACCGAAUGUUCCAUGCCCCUUUUAUCAUGGUAGUGCAGCCGUAUGGCCAUUUCAAGCGUCUGACGUGGAAUUCAACCAUUCAUAUUCAUCUACUUUCGGCACGGAAGCUGAACGUAUCAUUAUUGAGCCAAGUGGUAUCCAAACUUAUCUCAGCAUUGAAACCGCAAAUUCAUUCACACCAACAGGAGCACGUCCUGUUGGAUUAUCGAGAUCGGGUCUGCAAGUGGAUGGUACUUAUAUGUGUCCUCAUCUCAAUGUACCAGGCCUGUACCAUGGGCAGCAUGAUACCGGCGAUAUGCAGCCGCAGUAUUCAUGGAUCCUUGGAAAUUGGAAUCGAUGA